AUGAAGGUAUGUGGCAAAAUGGUUCUAUAUUUUAAAUGAAAUAUUGUAAAUCAAAGUUUUAGAUGCUGUGGGGGGUACUAAAUAUAUUUAACUUUAUUUUCAAUAACUAAAGUAGUUUAAUUAAACAUUACAGUAUGGUUUAAUAGUUUAAUUAUAUUUAUUAAAACAGAAACAAUGGGUCUUGUUUUAAUAUGCACCAGUCAUGGCCUUAGGCCACUCCAAAUUAGACUUUAGUUUCCCGUCCGGGCCUUAUUUCAAAUUACACACGGGCGGUCCAUUUCCAUUAUCCAUUAUGGUGUCUGAACGAAUCUGACACGACCCAUUAUUCCAUGAAAUAGUUACACAUUUUAAAUAUCCAUUCAACCACGUUACUACGUUCUGUUUUGGUUUUUUGUAUGCAGAAAUGAAAGCCAGGAUAUUAAUUAACCUUACGUUCGAAAAUCAAAACGUGUAACGGAAGUGUCUAGCUCAGCGGUUAGAAGUUUACUGUAGUAAAAACGAACAAAAACAACAAUUCACGCUCUUUCAUAAAAGUUUGAACAAUUUUGUUUUGAUUUUUACGUAUUAUAUGAUAAAUAUGUAUUUCUUGAACGAUAGAUUUUUCGAAAACUGUGCAUUUUCGUUAUUCUUAGUCAUAAAGGUCAAAUAAUGGAAACAAGUUCGCAAUAAUGGACAAAUCAUGCGGCCAGUUCUAGGAGACGCGGGCGGAGGACGGGAAACUAAAGUCUAAUUUGGAGUGGCCUUAGGGGCGACACUUGAGUUGCGGCAGAAACCGUAGAAGCCAUACUUUCUCAAAUGGCAUCAAAGUGUGUCUCAUUUUUAAUUACAAAAUUAAGUUGUUAAUAAUUUUUCUAUUUAGCAAUUUCAUUUUCCAUUGUCACUUUCAAUGGUUCAUUACAGUGUUGUGUUUCUGUUAACUGCAAUAACGAGAAGAAUAUGGGAGAUACGUUCGAAUAAAAAACGUGUUCUCUUAGAGUGGUCUGUGUAUUUAAAAAGAGUCCCUGCAACAGGUACUGAUGGAAUCUGGCAUUUAGCAGAAUAAUUAAUAUUGAAAUAGUAAUGCGUGAGUAUUUUGAUUUGGUGGGGCAGUUGGUUGUCCCAUUAAUCUGUCGGUCGGUUGGCCAGUCGUUUAAUUGAUUGGUUGGCCAGUUGAUCAGUUGGUUGGCCUGCUGGCUUGUCGGUCGGUUGGCUUGUCGGUCGGUUAGCUUGUCGGUCGGUUGGUUUGUUGGUCGGUCGGUUGGCCUGUUGGUCGGUUGGCCUGUCGGUCGGUUGGCCUGUCGGUCGGUUGGCCUGUUGGUCGGUUGGCCUGUCGGUCGGUUGGCCUGUUGGUCGGUUGGCCUGUCGGUCGGUUGGCCUGUGGGUCGGUUGGCUUGUUGGUCGGUUGGCCUGUCGGUCGGUUGGCUUGUCGGUCAGUUGGCCAGUCGGUUGGCUUGUUGGUUGGUCGGUCGGCCCAUCAAUCACUUGGCCUGUCAAUUGGUUGGCUUGUUGGUUGGUUGGCCUGUUGGUUGGUUGGUUUGUCUGUCAGUUGGUUGGCAAGUCAGUUGGUUGGCAAGUCAGUUUGUCUGUCUGUCGGAUGGACAAUUGGUUGGUUGACCAGUUGGUAACCACACACCAGUAUCUAUGCAUGUGUUCCAUGGAAUAUUGCAUUAACUUGGCAAAUCUCUUGUUCUUUCUUUAUUUCAGCGAUAGCAACAGCAUUAGAUAUUGGUUUUUCGAAUUGGAGUUUAAUGUUUAUUACUGUGUCAUUGUAAGUAUUAAUUUUCUGCAUUUUUUUGUUGUAUGUUUCUAUAGAUUGUAAUUUAUAUUUUUACUUUUUAUAAUUUUUAUUUCAUCAGGUAUACAAUGUGCAAGACAUCUGCAAUCCUAUUUAUUCUCAUAUUUUCACUUAUUUUUGGAUUGGAAAAAUUUGUAAGUUUUAAGCCUUCAUUUAAUUACCAGUGAGAGUACUUUGAACUUAAAUUUUUUUCUGAAUAUUUAGUAUGUGAGUAGCGGUUAAUGUUAUAAUACAUUUUUUAUUUCAAUUUUAACAGCACUAUAUUUUAUUUCUCGUUGUUUUCCUAAUUGCUGGAGGACUUUUCAUGUUUACAUACGAAUCAACACAAUUUAAUUUCACUGGAUUUCUUCUUGUAAGUUGAUGCAUCAUUUUCUAUAAUUAAUUAUAAUAAUUUAUGAUAAUAUCACUGAUUGUAAAUAUUCCUAUAAUACUAUUAUUCAAUGUGAGUUGGUAGGCUUUAAACAUUAACAGAAUAUGUUAUCUGUUCAAUGUUCAGGUUAUGACAGCAAGCUCAAUGAGUGGGAUACGCUGGGCAACAACACAAAUGUUACUACAGAAAGAAAGUUUUGGUGAGUAUACAUGCACCUACAUCCCUCUUUAUAAAGUCAGAAAAAUAUAGAUGGAUAGAAAUUCAACUACUAUAACUGAUAAAAAUACAAGUAGAACUUCGACUUUUCAAGUGAAGAGCCUUGCAUUUUUCAGAUAGUUGAAUCCUCAUCCAUCUGCAUUUCUCUGUUGUUUUUGUCACUACCUACGCUUCCACAGAUCACUCGAGUUUACUCUUUAUAAACUUGCUAGCCUAUGUGGUGUAUAAUUGAUGGCAUUUUCCCCCUAGGCUUAUCUAGUCCUUUUGAUACAAUCUAUCAUCUUCAACCAUUAAUGGCUUUGGCAACACUUCCUUUAGCAAUUGGUAUAGAAGGUUGGUACAAAAUGUUUACUGCCAGUGUAGCUUGGGAAGCAUACAAGGAUUUCCUUGUAAGGAAAUUUUUGUUAUUAGAACAAAAAAAAAGGGAAUUAUUUAAUCACUUGUAAGUGAGGAAGCCCUGAGGAUGGUUUUAAUGAUGCCAAUUUUUACAGGUCCAAAGUUGGCAGUGUCUUUGCAAGCAUUUCGUGCACCGUCAACUCAUGUAAUUGCCAGGACAGUUUCAUUUGUCUUAUUUGGCUCAUCUCUGGCAUUCAUGUUAACUGUAUCUGAGUAUCUUUUGUUGGCUAACACGUCCAGUAUAACUCUUGCAAUUGCAGGAAUUUUUAAGGUACAGUUUGCUACAGUAUUGUUCAUUACACACAGAGGGAGCAUUUGCCUCCAAAUACAAGAUGAAAAGAACUAAGUAAACAUAAUUGUUUUCUCACAAUUUUUUGUUUUGUUGUCCACCAGUUGCUGCACAAUAGUACUUGAUGAAAUCUGCCCUAUUGCAAUAAAAUGUAUUAUUUUUCUGCCAGGAAUUGUGUACUAUACUACUCGCAACGGAAUUUGCUGGUGAUGAAAUGAAUUUUACAAAAUUUGGAGGUCUAGUGAUUUGUCUAUCAGGCAUUUUUCUUCAUGUUUACUAUAAAGUAAAAAGUAAGAUAUUUUGUCAUUUAUUGUAAAACAAGUAUUAGGGUGGUGUCUGAUCCUGCUUUGCUGGAUACCAAAUGGUACCAGAUAGUAGUCUACCAGAUAAUAACCAAAUACUGAUGGUGGUACUUGGCCAAGUGACGUCACUAACUUUUUGUCAUAAAAUAGUCCAAGCAAGAAUUUCCAUGAGCCAGGUUUAUCAUGACUGUUUGAUCAAAAUCUGAUCUUCUGUUUACUCUCUAGGUGACGAGAACAAAGCUGUAACAACGUCAGCGCAGGAUGAAGAAAGAGUUCAAAUGCUAAGUACAAACAAUGCAUUCAGCUUUGAUUCUGACGAGGAUUAG